AUGAAAACUACUUUCCUUGGAUGCCCAUAUGCCUCCACCAAUUCAAAAAGGAAUGCAUUCACUCUAUUUUGUAAAGAUAUUUCGAUUACAAUCUGUAACGUCGACCAUCUCGAAAAUGAAACAGUAAGAAAAUAUAUUAGAAACUUUUUAGGUUUUCGAAAUAAUGAUAAACAAUCAUUUAAAGUUCCAGAAGAUCAUCCACUCCAAAUAAAGUGUAGAGGUUGCCCUGCUUCAAUCGAUGAUUCAUUAAAAAUUCGUGGUCUUAAAUUACCUAAAAUAGAUUCAAAUUUCUUUUAUUUUUGUUCAAUUGAAUGCUUUUAUACGGUUUGUUCGAUAGCUAAGGGUGGUGAUUUUGCUGCUACAAUUGAUGAAAAUAGAAAAGAAAGAGGUGCUUGUUUUGUGUACUAUGAUGAUUUUUUGAGCGAUGGUGGCACAAAAUUUUUUGGUACCACUCAAAGAACUGAACACAAUAGUAACUACAAUAAUAGUAAUAAAAUCAAUAAAUUCGAUGAAUUUUUAGAAGGAAAUGUAUUAAAUACUAAUAGUAAUAGUAGCAACUAUAAUAAUAGUAGUAAUUACAAUGGACUCAAAUUGGGUAAUAAUAAAAAUUCAUAUGGUAAUUUAAUGAGUUUUGCAAAUUAUCAAGAUAAUCUUAGAAAUUGUAAACAAGAUGAAAACACAUGGAAUUUUAAAUUGAAAAUAUAA